AUGUCAUUAUUAAAUGCAUUUAUUGACUCAAUUGUUUGUGUGGGUUUUAAUUCAGAACGUGGUUUUACCAUUAAAAAACAAUUUGAUGAUAAUAAUGAUUCUCCUUUUCAAUCAUCAAUUAAACCAUAUGUAUUAUCUAUGCUAACAGCUGAUCAAGCACUAUAUCCACAAUCAAAAGACAAUGAAGUCAUUGAUCAAUAUUAUCCAUCGAUCUUCUAUUCCAAAUCUUCAUCUGUAUUACCUUUAAAUACAAAAGUACCAAAAAAACAUAUUAUACCUAUUGCAUAUAAUAAUUUACCACUUUUCUGUUUACCUGAGGAUGUUAAAAUAUCACAUCAAUCAGAAGACAGUAGAAUACAUUACAUUGUAUUUACACAAGAAGAUGGCAAACGAAGUUAUGCUGUAGUACUUACAUUUCCAGAAAAAUUUAUUCUAAAAUCUGUCGAACCAGAUGAAGAUGGUAAAUACGAAAUUGAACCAUAUGUAGUAAAACAAGUUACGAAAAAGCCAAAGAACAGAAUACCAUCAUCAUAUCGUUAUGAAAAUAAUACAUCUCAUAGAAGUAGUACUUCCAGUGGUGCUUCUCGUAUGCGAGAACGUUCUCAAUCAAAUACAUCACUUCGUACAUCAAAUACAAAUGUAUUUAAUGCAUCCGAACCUUUUUACUUACCACAUUGUCUUGUUCUUAUUUCUUCACAUACAUACUGGACAGCAAUGCAAGAAACAAUUUCAAUUAUUCAUGAUGAAAUUCUGCAAUUAAAAAUUGAACCAAGUUCAAAUGCAUAUAAACAAUUAAUACAAAAAUAUGCAUUUCUUGCUUGUAAUACACCAACACCGCCUAUACCAUGCGACCAUUUUUCACUUUCAUUUAGUAUAUCAAAUAAUCAAUAUUUAAUAACAUUAGAUCCACCAAUAAAUUCGAAUCGUACUGUUCUUGAUUUAGAUUUAUCUAUUCUUCUAUUAAAACUUAAUAUUGGAAAAUUACUUGAUGUAUUAUCAGCUAUAUUAACUCAACAACCUAUAAUUUUUUUUAGUUCAGAUUAUUCAAAAUUAGUUACAACACUUGAAUGUCUUCUUUAUUUAAUAUAUCCAUUUAAAUGGAUUCAUAUUUAUAUACCAAUUGUACCUGAUGGUUUAUCUGAUUAUUAUCUUGAAGGUCCACCUGGUUCAUAUAUUAUGGGUGUACAUUCUCGUCAUCAAGAUAUUGUUGAAAGUUUAGAUCUAUGUUUAACGUGUAAUUUAGAUAAUGAUGAUAAUAUUCUUAUUCCAGAAAAUAUUGAAUUUCAUCCUAUACCAGCAACAAAACUUCGUCGUUUUACUGGUCCAAUAACUGAACAUCUUCAUAAUAUAAAAACUGCACGAUCAUUACAAAACAUUCAUUCAUUAGGUCGUUUACGUUAUGAUGAACAACGUGAAUUAGAACGUCAACAUCGUAUUGAUACAAAUUAUAAAAUAAUUACAAUAUUUCUUGAUUUAAUGGUAGAUUUAUGUGAUGAUACAUUAAAACCAAUCUAUUGGAAAAUUGAUCAUCAACAAAAGAGUUCAUCGUUAAGACGAUCAUCAACUAUUGAUUUAAAUAAUCGUGUAUCAAAUAAAACAAUAUUUAGUAAAGAAAAAUAUUUACUUUCAAAAACAGAAGGUAUCGAACAAGAAUUCUACAAAUUAUUUAUUGAUAGUACAGCUUUUCAACUGUUUAUCGAAGACGAAAUGGCAUCUAAAAUACCAACUGAAUUUCAAAAAAUUUGUCAGUUACGUUCAUUAUCAAAUCAAGAUCGAUCAUAUCAUUUUAAUACAGAAUUAAUCGAUGAUCAUGUUGAAUCAACCAUGUCAUUAUUUGAAACAACAUCAAAUCAAAUGUUAUUACCAUUACCAGAUUGGCCUUUAAAUAUAACAACACAUUAUCUAGAUAGUUGUAUUGAAGUAUUUACAAUUGAAUUACUUCAUGCACAAGAAGAACGUUCACAACCUAUAAUAUCAGUUUAUGCUUAUUUACGUGGUUGCGCAUUAUUAACACGUGGUUAUCUUCUUAAUGGUCUUCAAGAUCUUUAUUUAAUUGAUAAUGAAAAUUUAUUUCCUAAAAAUUAUAUUGAAACAAUGAUUAUACCUCUUCUAUCAGAAGCACAUCUGCUCGAUCUAUUUCGUCAUGAAUCAUUCUAUAUAGAAUCAAUUGAAUGGAAAAAAAUACGUACAAAUUCAAUUGAUUCAGAUAUGUUACAAUCAAUUAAUCUUGAACAAAGUGAUAAUUCAUUAGAUGAUAAUAUUUCUGUAAAACCGUUUAAUGAUGUUACUUUGAAUACUAAGCCAACUGUAAUAAAAGAUGAUCUUACAUUUGAACAAUUCUAUGAAUAUGUACAUCGAUUAAGUAUUAUUAUUGAUAAAGAUAGUGCAACAAUUUUAUUUAGAGCUUUAUUACAUUUAAUAAAGACAACAAAUAAACCUGUUGAUACGUUCAAGCGGAAUCGACGAUGGUCAAUUUCAGGUAGUCUAUCUCGAGAAACAGUAAAUACAUUUAGUACCCAACCACGAGAGAAUUCAAUACAAACUGUAUCGCUUAAUUCAUCAUUAUCUGGAAAAAUUUUUGAAGUAUUUCUUGAAACAUGGCAACAUAUAAAUGUUGAAAAAGUACGAAUGAAUUCUUAUUUACCAAAAGAUCGACAGAAAAAUGAAACAACUCUUAUAAUUUCAUCAUCGGAUAUUGUUUCGAAGAAAAAUGAAGAUGGAAAAUUAAUUGUAACACAAAGAGGAUUAUAUUCUUUGAUAGAAAAUCAUUCAUCUGCUCGUCUUCUAACUGAAUUAUUAAAUAUUAUCUAUAUUGAACUUUAUCAAUUUAAAACGAUGUUUACUGCAGCAAAACCAGCUAUUAGAAUAUAUGCAUCACAAACAACAUCUUCUACUAAAAAUGUAUCUGUAUUAGAAUCGAAUUCUAAUCCAACAGUUAUGUUACUUUUUAAAGAUAUUCAUGAACAAAAUUUUUGGUAUAAAAUUAUUUUUGAAAUAUGGUCCGGUAUAACAAUAGCUCAUAAAGAAUGUGAUACAACUAUAUUUCAUAAAAUUUCAAAACAUAUUGCAUUAAUAGAUACAUUAACUAGCAUGGAUUAUAAUGAACAAACAUUAUUACCAAAUAAAACAAUUGAAAAACCAAAACGAAAUUGUAAUCUGGCAAAUAUUGAUAAGACUAUAGAUGAAUUAACUAUAUUUACUCGAAUGCGAAAUACUGGAACAUUUAAAACCUUAAAUAAUGAAACACGAAAAGCUCUUCAUAAUCGUUUGUCACCAUCAUUAAAUGAAACUAAACGUUAUACUGUAAGUUGUCUUGUAUUUACUGAAAAUCCAGAUAAUAGAUAUUCAUUAUUAUGGUGUGCUUAUGGUCAUAAACUUAAAAUGUUUAAUACAACAACAUGGAUAUGUAAUCCAAAUGAUAUAUCUUUUUCUUCAGUGAUUACAUGUAUGUAUUCUGAUGCAUGUGAUAAACUUUGGAUUGGUUGUGUAAAAGGAGAAAUAUUUAUUGUUGAUACAAUACAACUUAUUUGUAAAACACAAUUAACAACAAUCGGUGGACAAGGUGGAUGUCAAACAAUGACAUAUGAUACGAUACAAAAUCGAAUGUUAAUUGGUAAUCGAUCUGGUUUAAUUACUAUAUGGAAUACAAACAAUCGACAACGUUUAUUUGAAAUUAAUCUAGAAGAUAUAUAUCAGAAAAGUUAUCAUAUGCAACAGAAAAUAUAUAAAACUGAAAUGUUAUUAAAUCUUCGUAAUCAAAUUGAAGAACCAAAAAUCAAUUUGUCUUCUUCAACAAGUCCGACAGAUAUUAUUUCAACAUUAUCAAAUGAAUUGAAAACUAUUCAAAUAUAUGAUAAUCUUUUGUUUGCUUGUUAUCGUGAUGAUUAUAUUCUUAUUUUUCGUAUAAUUAACCUCGAUACAUUUAUCUAUGAAGAUAUUCUAUCAGUUAAAUAUACUCCUGAGUCUUCAAUGCCAAUUCAUUCAUUUCUUGUUUAUAAAGAUCAAUUAUGGAUAUCAACAAGUUGUAUUAUUUCUGUAUUCAAUAUAAAUUAUGGAAAUAAAAAGAAUUCCUAUCAUUUAAUUAUGAAAAAACAUUUAGAAGAUGAUCAUCUUCUAACAAUGUUAGGUUUUUCAAAUUAUAUAUGUGCAGGAUCAGCACGUGGAUAUGUUUAUAUAUUUCGAAUGGAUAAUUAUGAAUUAUAUAAAACAUUUGAUGGACAUAAAGAUGGAGUUUGUUGUUUAUGUUCAAUAUUAGAUAUGUAUAUUAUUAGUGGAUCACAAGAAGAUGAUACUUCAAUUGUUGUAUGGGAUAAAGAACAAAUAAAAGAUGAUAUAGCCACUAUUCGAUUGUAA